AUGAAAAAUAAACAAACUUUGAAAGAUCAACUUUCUAAAAUAAAAUGUAUCGAACAUGAAAGAUAAAUUGUUUAAAUAGGAUUAGAUUAAAAUUUAUUACCAUCUUAAAGAGCUUUAUGUGAAAUGUGUGGUUAAAAAGCAAUUAUGGUACCAAUAUCAAUAGACAGAGCUAUCGUAAUGCUUAGAAUGAUUUAAAAUGAUGAGGAUAUUUUAAAGGAUAAAGCUUUAGUAAGCUUGAUCGAUCAAUGCUUAAAUGGUGGGGAUCGAGCAUUGACAGUGAAAGACAUAAUAACAAUAGGAACAGUUCUCUCAAAUAAAUUUAUUAAGAUAGGGGAUAAUUUUGUCUUAAGAUCUAAAUAUAUUGCUAAUAAAGAUAAAACUUAACUUGAUACUUCGGAAUCUUUUUAGAAUAAGAGAAAAUUACUCAAAAAAUAACAUUAAUUAAUUGGAAAUUAGUCUAUAGUCAUAAAAGAGAGCACAAAAUAUGAAGCUAAGACGGGGAUUGAAUGGAUUAAAAAUAUCAUUGAAACAGAUUAAAGUCAAAGUAGCUUUAUUUCUUCGAGUUUUAGUCCAAUAAUAAAAAUAUGGUCAGGUGGAAAGUUUAAAGAGUUGAAACAUGAGAAUUAAUUUGUUAGAUGUGUUACUUUGUUUGAUGAAGAACUUAUAGUAUGUUAUGCAGAUUAGAGUAUUAGAAUUUGGAAAUAAAAAGAUGGAACUGAAUGGACAGUGGAUUAAACGUUAAAGGAACAACAUUAGGGAGAAAUUUGGUCAGUAAUCACACAUUUUGAAACAUUUGUUACCGGAAGUUAUGAUAAAACUUUAAAGGUUUUCAGCAAGAGAAGAAAUAAUCGAUUACAUUCAAAUUAUAAAAGCAUCUAAACAGUUGACAUUAAUGAUUGUUAAGUUACUUGCAUGGCUAUUCAUGACGAUAUAUUAGGGAUUGGAAGCAGAUCUGGAUCACUUGCUAUAUGUCAAUUUACUGAUGUUUGGAAUUUAACAUAAAUACUGUCAAAACAUACAGCAGCUAUAUAAUGUGUUGCAUUUAAAGCUGAUUAAAACUUAUUAGCUACAGGUUCAGAAGAUAAAUCAAUACUAUUAUGGGAAAUGAAAUAUGGGGAUUAAUUUGAAUUAAUCUAAGAAAUUAAGGAUCAUUAAAGCUAUGUGUUUAGUCUGGCAUUUCAUCCAACUUAUGCAGCAUUUUUAUCUGGAGGAUUAGAUAAUAAGAUGAUCUUAUUUGGUUUAGAUUCCAAAGGUAGAUGGAUUAAAUAUUAAGAAUUGAAUAAAGAUAAUCCAAUUACAGUCAUCUAAUUUCUCAAAGAUAAUUGGAAAUUUUAUAUUGGUACUAGUGUUGGUACAAUUAUUUUACAUGAAAUUGAAUAACAACAGCAAUGA